GUAUUAUAUAUAAAUUAUAUAUAAAUUAGGUAAUGUAAGUCUAAUACAGUACUGUAAUUUUAUAAUUUUUACGUUAUCUAAAAUUUUGUCUUUAGCCAUCAUGACUUCUACCAUGGAGAAGAAUUCUAAGAGCAGAAAACGUAUAUCCUUUGAAGAAAAACUUAAAAUUUUGGAUCGGUUAAAAUCUGGUGAGAAAGUAAUGGUCAUUGCUAACGAUUUAAAAUUAAGCGGGUCAACAAUUCGAACAAUAAAAGAUAAUGAAAACAAAAUAAGGGCUAGAAUUUCCUCUGGAGCUUUAGUAAGUUUGAAUAAAACUGCUCGAGAAAGCGCAUCAGCCGACACAGAAGCAGCCGAGAGAUUCCGAGAAAAUUUUCUCAAAAUUGUAGAAGAUGGAAAUUACACUGCAGAUCAAGUAUAUAACGCCGACGAAACCUCGUUAUAUUGGAAGAAAAUGCCCGGACGCACUUACAUCUCGAAAAAUGAAAAGUCUGCUUCAGGAUUUAAGGUUUCCAAGGAUAGGAUCACUAUACUUUUAUGUUCAAACGCAUCUGGAGAUAACGUUACAAAGCCCAUGUUAAUUACCCGUUCAUUAAACCCACGAGCAAUGAAAGGAGUUGACAAAUCAACUCUUCCUGUUUUCUGGCGAGCAAAUAAAAAGGCAUGGGUAACAGGUGUUUUAUUUCGCGAUUGGUUUUACAAUUGCUUUGUGCCGGAAGUGGAAGAGUACUCAAAAAGAAAAAAUAUCAGUUUCAAGGCUUUGUUACUGGUUGAUAACGCGCCAGGACACACAGAUUUAAAUCAUCCGGCUGUUAAAUUAAUAUUUUUACCUCCCAAUACGACAUCAAUCCUACAACCACAAGACCAGGGAAUAAUUAAAUCAUUUAAAUCAUUGUAUAUACGGCACACAUUUGAACACAUUUUACAAAAUAUUGAUUGUAAUCCAAAUACUACUACAGUACCGGACUUGUGGAAAGAUUUUUCAAUUUUAAAUAGCAUUGAAAUUAUUUCGUUAUCUCUGAAGAAACUAAAAUGUUCGACUCUGAAUGCCUGUUGGGGAAAAUUAUGGCCUGAAGUUGUUAUUAGAGAAGAUCGUUUAACUUCCGUAACAACAGAAGUAAAUCGCAUAAUAAAUAUUGCCCACACUUUAGGUGGAGAGGGAUUCGUCGACAUGAACGAGGAAGAUGUUAUUGAAUUAAUUAAUACUAACCAACAGUUAGAUGAAGAAGAACUUAUGCAACUGGCAGAGUUGUCCGAAUCAAGCGGUGAAGAAGACUCAUUACAAAUUUUCUGUGAGCCAGAACAAUACUUUAAUUUAGAAAUCUUAAAUAAAGCAUUAGAAUUGGCAAAAAAUCUAGAAGAACUUUUUACGAAUAAUGAUCCAUCAACAAAGCGCUCUGAGGAAUUUAAGAAAAAAUUCAAAGAUUGUUUAGCUCCAUAUUUUAAAUUGAUUAAUAUAUAUUUCAAACAUCCUAGUACUUGUGUAAUUGCCGAUUCUUCCCAAUCUGGAAAAACCACAUUGGUGAAGAGAAUGAUUCACAACGAAAUUUAUGAAAAUCCUCCAAAGAAGAUUUUAUGGUGUUACUCCGUAUAUUUACCGUUUUUUCAAGAAGAAAAAGAUAUUACAUUUAUGUACGGCUUACCCGAAUCUGUUCAAGGAUGGGAUUUGAUAAUAAUCGAUGAUCUGAUGCACGAACUGUCUCCAAAAACAACAUUUUUGUUUUCGACAGAAUCUCAUCACUAUUUACUUACCGAUAAAAUGAAAAACGUAAAGGAAAAUUAUCAUAUGCUAGCGCUUUUAGCGAAGACUACUUCUUCCCAACGAAAAGCCAUAUUAAAAGAAGCUACUCCCAAUCAAGUAAAAGUGUUGUGUGAAAUUUGUGAUAAUUUGUGGAGAGGAAAUAUACCCACCGAUGUUCGUAAAUUACGAAAAUAUAAAGAAAUUAUUAUGUAA